AUGAAGGUGGCCGAGCCUUCCAAAUCGAGUAUCGAUGAUGACGUGGACGUAGAUGGGUCCGAUGACAAGAUUGACGAGGAGUUCAACAUAUGGAAGAAAAACACGCCAUUUCUCUACGACACGGUCAUCUCUCACACUAUGGAGUGGCCCUCGUUGACCGUCGAAUGGCUCCCUGUCAAACCGGCCUUCGAUAAGGCCAGCGACUACUCCACCCACAAAAUGAUCCUUGGCACGCACACUUCCAAUGGGGAUCAGAAUUACCUUAUGAUAGGGCAAGUGAAGGUCCCACAGCAGUCCAAGGAAGAGGUAGACAUCGACAAGUACAUUGAGACUCCUGAGUCUGGGGCUGCUUUGGCCGCUAGUAAGGACCGCAUGUGUAUAUCCACCAAGAUUAAUCACCCCGGGGAAGUGAACAGGGCCAAGUACUGUCCCCAAAAUCCUUUCAUCAUCGCCACUUUGACCAACACCGGCAACA